AGCUCUGGGCAGCAGAUUCCUGUGGUGGUUGAAAGCUGCAUCCGUUUCAUAAACCUUCACGGACUCCACCAUGAAGGAAUAUUCAGAGUUCCUGGGUCACAGCGGGAGGUUAACCAAAUCAGAGAUGCAUUUGAGAGAGGAGAGGAUCCUCUGUCGGACAGUGAGUGUGACCUGGACUCUGUGGCCGGUGUGUUGAAGCUUUACUUCAGGGACCUUGAGCCUCCUCUCUUCCCUUAUGACAACUACUCUCAGCUGCUGGAGUGUGUCCAAAUCGAGGCGGUGACAGAGAAAGCCGCCCAGAUUAAAGCGAUCGUCUCCACCUUCCCACGGCCUCUCCUCAUCGUGUUGCGCUACCUUUUCGCUUUCCUCAAUCAUGUGUCUCAAUACAGUGAUGAGAACAUGAUGCAGCCCUACAACCUGGCCGUGUGCUUCGGUCCAAGCCUGCUGAGGGGGUUGGAUUCUGAUGACGCUGUUGCUCGGCAGCCGCAAGUCAAUGAUCUUGUCAAAACCAUGAUCCUCCAACAUGACAUCAUCUACCCCAGCCAAUCAGAACUGCCGGGCCCCGUCUACGAGAAGCAUAUGACUCUGGAGCAGGAGUACUG